GGCAACAAGCACAGACUUUUAAUGCACUUCUUGUGCAGCAUACAAGCUCCAGCUGUCUCUCCUUACAGCUGCAGAAAGGUCUAGCGAGACUGAAAGGGAGAGUGAAAUAGUAGGAAGGAAUGAGAAAGCCAGGCCACUGCUUGGUAACUCUUUAAACCACAAAGUGGGAGGACUUUAUUUUUCUUAGAAUAAUAUAUAUUAUUUUAUUUUUUUUUAAUUAUUCAGAAAUCCUAUAUCAAUAGGAUAAGUCUUUUGGGUUUAAAUAUUUAUACAUUUUAUUUUGUCCACCUUUGGGGGAAAUCAUGCGAUUUCAGUGGAAUAUUUUGGCUUGGGUGAAUUCUUUAAUACUUGGGCUGGUUCUUUGGAGCUCUGCAGAAGAAUAUGAUUAUUACAGCUGGCAGUCGGACAACUUCCAGAACGGACGGUUCUAUACUAAACAGAGUCAAUGCAUAGACAUCCCUUCGGAUCUCCAUCUCUGCCAUAAUGUUGGCUAUAAAAAAAUGCGAUUGCCUAAUUUGCUGGACCACGAGACCAUGCCUGAGGUGAAGCAGCAAGCCAGCAGCUGGGUGCCUCUACUGGCCAAGCGGUGUCAUCGAGAUACUCAGCUCUUCCUCUGCUCCCUUUUUGCUCCCAUUUGCUUGGAAAGACCCAUUUAUCCAUGCCGGUCACUAUGCGAGGUAGUGCGGGACAGCUGUGCCCCAGUUAUGGAAUCCUAUGGUUUCCCUUGGCCAGAGAUGUUGAACUGCAAUAAAUUCCCUCUUGAUAAUGAUCUGUGCAUCACUGUGCAGUUUGGCAGCAAACAAGUCACUCAGCCACCAGUGACCAAGAUUUGCACUCAGUGUGAAAUAGAACAGAAGUCCGAAACAAUGAGGGUGCAACUUUGUGCAAGUGACUUUGUGCUACGGAUGCGCAUUAAAGAAGUUAAGAUUGAGAAUGGAGAUCGAAAACUCAUCGCUGCUCAGAAGAAGAAAAAGGUCCUCAAAGCAGGGAAGCUAAAGAGGAAAGAAUUCCGCAAGCUGGUUCUGUAUAUUAAGAACGCGGCAAGUUGCCCAUGUCCUCAGCUCGACAACCUAAGUGGAAGCUUUCUUAUCAUGGGCCGUAAAGUGGACAAUAAACUUCUUCUUACAGCCAUCUACAAGUGGGACAAGAAAAGCAAAGAUAUGAAGUAUGCAGUGAAUUUCAUGUACUCCUAUCCAUGCUCUGACACUAUUUCCCACGGCACCGGAUCACACUUAGGCUCCUUCCGCUAAGACUGUCGUCUGUAGACUUUAAAGUGCCACCAUCGCCCAGCCUUACCAAAUGGAUUUUAUAUUAUAGUAAUAGCAAUAACUUAGCAUACUCACUUGUGUUGAAAACCUCUUGUGAAGAUGGUGUUGAAAUUUUAAAAAAAGCAAUACUAGGGUAUGUUGUAGUAUGUUGAAUGACGAAAAAUAAAAGGGUGAAGAAUGUGAUGUAUUUGUGGGGAAAAGACACUGAGAAAAUGGGCUUGGUAUAAACAUGGACUGGAUAUGGUUGAAGAAGGACACUACAACAAUAGGUUUGGAAGACUGGAUUGCCACGGUUGUUGAGAGCAGUAGUUUAUCAUUCCCUUAGAAGAAACACAUUAUUAUUGAGACUUAAAUCACUGCUGGUAGUAACAUGAACCAUACUUUCUGAAGGACUGAUGAAUCGUGACUAGGCUGCCCCACUUUGUCAUAACGUAUCCUCUGCAGGAUGUCAAGUUAGCAUGCCUUGCAAUUUCAUCUUUAUAUAUAGGUGCUUGCUACAUCUGUAAACAGCAUUAUAUCUCAUCAUUCAUAGCCAUCACCUUUUUUUUUUUUCAAUUUCUGUGUCAGAUUUUAUUUAUAGGAAAUAUUCCAUGUUAACGUUGAAGAAAUACAUAAAAUUGAUUCCCAAGUCGCGA